AUCUGCAGUAACUCUCUUAAAAGUAUUCAUCCAAACCAGGCGCGGAGGCAAAAAAAUCACGGGGGGGAAAGAAAGUGUUUAAUCGUGCCUUAACCUCAAUGCGAUUUACUUUGUUUUUGUCCUAGAGGCCUCGGAGCCAUGGAAAUUUUAAUAGAAUUAUCGAAAUUGGCUUACUGUUAAGUGUACUGUUCGUUUAAUUAAAUGCAGUCUGUAAAGAAAAACGGCUAUUAAUUUAAAUACUUAACAGCGUUAUUUUGAUCCCUGUGUAAACCUUUCAGUAAAUGAAAAGAAAUACGAGGAUUUCUAGGGCUGUUUUAAAGUGCCAAAAAAUGUUUUUCGCUCGAUGAAAUCUUUAUAUGAAACUAACAAAAAAAGCUGCAAAAAUUUUUGCAUUCGGUUGAAACCCGAAUUACAAUAUGACAAUCGCCAGCAAUAAAUAAAUUAUAUAAACAAUAUUUCACAUUACUUAUUUGAUAGCCACAAGACAUUUUCAUUAUUUAUUACCAUCCUCUAUGUGGUAAUCUGCCAAAAGUCUUUUCUGGGCGUGUUUGUACUUCAGGUUUUUUUAAAAUGUUUUUAUCUUUUGCUCGAAGGGGACUGUUGUUUUUCAAAAGGGUGAUUGGGCCUGUUCGUUAACCAUGUUUUCAUGCUGGAAUUGUGUUUGCUAUUUCGUUAUGUUUCUUGCAGUGGAAGAAGAAGUUUGGAAGCGCGAAAAAGAAGAAAGGAUUUAGCAAACGACGCCGAAGAUAAAACAGCAACGGGGAGGCAAACAACGCUUUCAAAUCAAUAAAUAUUUUGCCGCCAGUAAAAUCAGAUUUAGUUUGUUGAUUGUUUGUGUUACUGAAUUUUGUAGUUUGUCCAAUAGUGAUCUAAUUCGUUUGCAAACAGUCCAGCUGCAUUUCGUCUUUGUUGUGCGUUUCAUAAUAAAUAAUUGGUGACGCUAUUUUGGUAUUCUUGCCCCUGGACCUUGCUCGAAUUACGCUCAGAGAACCCGGCAUUAAAUUCUUCAAUAUUGGCAGUUUCUAUAUACAGUGCGAGCUUAGCGCAGUGAAAUUAUACCAUCUUUCGCACAAUUACAUCCGGGGUUCCAAUCUUUGGCUCUGAGCUGUGAGUUGACCACACGUAGGCCGCAGUCUGGGGAAUCGCUUCAGCGCUGGACGAGUAAAUACGAUCUCCAACCUUAAAAACAAGAUUUCCUAUAAUAUUUUAGGGGAUUCAUAAUCAAGCAAGAUUCUUUCAAAAUGAUGGCUCGUCUGCCACAUAUUAGCGACAACGAGGUUACUCAGGAUGAAGUAAAAUAUCUUGAGAACGAAGGCAAGGAUUACUGCAUGUCACACGGAAUGGUUUAUAAAGACUCUAAAGGAGAAACACAACACAUUCCCUUCACUCUUUAUCCAUCACCCAUUCCACUGAAGCUUUUCACAGAUGCAAAAGAAGUGCAGACAGAUUUUAACCUGCUUGUACACAAAGUGAGCCGGGACUACGAAUUUACAAAGAACGCGCUUUUGAGCACAGUGGCUGCUGAUCCCUUUACAUCAAGACUCUUUGACAUUUAUGAAAAAGUCUGGGAACAAGGAAAUGCUCAGUCAAUCUCAUUAGGAAUUUUUCGGUCUGACUACUUGAUUGACACCACAGGCGGGUUACUCGAUCAAUGUUGCAGUUGUACUAGCAGUAGUGAUGCCUCUGCCGACUCCAUUUACAUCAAGCAGGUUGAAAUGAACACCAUAUCACUCGGUGGAAUCUCGUUUUCUUGUCUUGUUCCCGACAUGCACAGAUAUCUUUUACAUUCAAUGGGACGAGAGAACAAGGUGCCUCCAAAUCCCGCAUUAGAUGAAGCAGCUGGUGCUCUCAUUAGGGCCUGGGAACUAUAUGGAUCAGACAGUGCUGUCAUCAUGUUCGUUGUUCAGCCUGACGAGGUUAAUGUUUAUGACCAAAGGCUGCUGGAAUACCGUAUUCAUGAGAGGAACAAUGUUGUAAAAGUGAUCAGGCGGAGCCUUAACGACAUUUUUAAAGACGGUAAAAUGAGCAACGAUAAAUCCAUCUUUGUGACUGGACUUGAAGUUGGCGUAGCUUAUUUCAGAGCAGGCUACACACCCAAAGACUACCCCACAGAUAAGGAAUGGUCAGCUCGUUUAACAUUAGAGUUGUCUCGUUGUAUUAAAUGCCCUACAGUGGCGCAUCAUUUGAUGGGAACCAAGAAGAUACAGCAAGUGCUAAGCGACCCUGGGGUCCUAGAAAGGUUCCUACCCGACAAUGAGUCAGUAGGCAGAGUGAGAAAAACCUUCACUGGAUUGUAUACUCUAGACCCGGGACCCAAAGGCGAUCAUUAUAUAGAGUGUUGUCUUCAGAUGGUAGAUAAAUGUGUUCUUAAGCCUCAGAGGGAAGGAGGAGGCAAUAACAUCUACGGUGAAGACAUCCGUCGCACGUUACUUAACAACUCUGAAAACAGGACUCAGUAUAUAUUGAUGGAUCGUAUCUCACCUCAAAUUACCAAGAACUUUAUCGUUCGUCAGGAGUGGACAAGUAUACGUCCUGCUGACGUCAUUCCUGAGCUUGGCAUUGUGGGUAUUUUUAUCAGUCGCGGAGAUGAAGUGCUGGUCAACAAAGAGGGAGGUUACCUAGUAAGGACCAAAACAACUGAGCAUGCGGAUGGUGGAGUGUUUGCUGGAAGGGCUGCCUUUGACAGUCCAUAUAUGGUAUAACAAGGACAUAUUUGGGACACUGAGAAGUGUAUCUUUGUGAAUUCAAUAGUAACAGUUAGGUUAAACUGGACCUUGAUUCUCAAAUCAUACUCGUUGACAGUGUGGUGUGCUUCCUAAGCAGUGAAGGGGUUGCCAUUUUCUUUUGUUAAAUUUUGCUUGUAGUUAUCAAACCCGUACUUUUUACAUAAGAUGACAAAUUUCUUCAACUUGAAAGUAUUAUUCGAUAGCUUUUAUUUGAAUGGUCAAACAAGGAUUAAAGUUUCAUCUGUAGAUUUAAGACGAAAAGCAUCCGACAGCUGAUUGAUAAACUUAAGGUUUGACUCUGAAUGUUGAGCGAGGGUCACCACAGUAAUAUCACUUUAUUUCAGCAGUACAUUUCUACGUGAGUGGUAACCAUUGCUAUAGUUAUAUAAGCAUUGUAAAGUAGUGCAUUAAACACUUGCAAACAAAGAACUUAAGGAAAAAUGUCUAAAUGUAAUCGAGUUGCCACGUUAACGAUUUUUUCCUCCAUCUUUUUCACAAUUCAUACACAAACAAAAUGAAUACGAAUGUGUCGUAUAGCACCUAGAAGACCAAGCUAGAAGUAGUGGACAGCGAAAAUCAGUCAUUUUAUUGCUAGCCGGUUUGGUUUUAAUUACCGUACUUUUUAGUUUUCACUCACGCCUAUUAUACUUGUCAUUUCCACGCUAUGUAUGAUUGAUUUUUGAUGUGGGCUAUAUUCCGGGUUAAUUUUAGAAUAUAAAAAAGGGUAAAUAUAUAUGUGGAUGACAAGGAUGAGGCCUGUUUUAUGUUCAUAAGAAAUAAGAAUAAUCAUAUUAAGAAAUUUUCGGUAGAAUUCAUUGAUUAUUAGAGAUGCUCCGCUAGUUAGAUAUAUUCUGAUUAGGCGAUUUUGUUGUACAAUAAAUUUGCAUUUUUGAUUGA